AGAACAACUCACAUGAUAUCUGUCAGUACGCGCACUAAUAAUAAAUCGAGGAGCUAUUUUCAGUUCUAUAGAAAUAAUUUUGCAAAUUAAGUGAAAAUAAGCUGAGUGAAAAGGGAAACCUGUCCCCGGACGAAUAAUUAGAGUUAGCAGCACAAAAUGACCGCCACCGUGGAUCCACGUCGAUCGGAUAAAAUCAACCGGUACAAACCGGUGGACAGUGCCAGCCAGGGGGCCGGCGUCGGAGACGAUCUCAUGCCGGACUACAUGAAUAUCCUCGGUAUGAUAUUCUCCAUGUGCGGUCUGAUGAUGAAGCUCAAGUGGUGCGCCUGGUUGGCGCUGUACUGUUCCUGCAUUAGUUUUGCCAAUUCCCGGGUCAGCGACGAUGCCAAGCAGGUUCUGUCGUCGUUCAUGCUGAGCGUGAGUGCGGUGGUCAUGUCCUACCUGCAGAACCCGACGCCGAUGACGCCACCCUGGCAGUCGGUGUGAUUUCGACUGCAAUAGAUAAUUAUAUGUAUUCUCAAAGUUUUCUCUGAAGUCGUCUUGUCGUAAAUGCACAUGAAUGUUAUUUGAUUCAAUAUAUGUUUUAAUACCCAAA